ACAGCGCUCAGAACAAUAACGAUUGAGCACAACUGCUUCAAUUCUUUUGCGCUAGUUCAGGUGUGAUUUAUUGACAGUAUGUCUAAAUUAAAGUUAGGACCAUGUUGUUCGGUUGGUGGAUGUUCCCUCAGGCCAGGUACAAACUUGCUUUCAGAAAUAAAGGUGAACAGAUUUCCAAAAGAACGCACAGUGAAACGCUUGGAUUGCUGCUGUAAAUAGAGACGGCUGGAUUCCCACCAUCAACUCUUAUAAUAAAUACGGAAGGACAGAUUGAGCUAGAAGAAAAGAGGAAGAAACUUGUACAUUGUGUGAUAGAGUAGAGGAUCAGUAACACAUUUGGCAGCCAAGUGUAACCAGACUGAGCUCUUUCUGAAGGAUGCAGUGAUGAUGAUGUUCCUCAGAAUGCUCCGGUCUGCCUCUCUGAUAGUUCUGCUCAUGAUCUCAGGAGGCUGUGAUGCUCAGUAUGGAUGGGGUGUGACUUACACUCCAAAAUCUAUCUGUGCUCUAAAAGGAUCUACAGUGAUCCUGAGCUGCACUUACAAAUACCCACCUGAUCACACAGUUCAAACAGUUUUCUGGACUAAACAGCAGGUGGCCACUGGUGUAGAGCCUCCUGAUCUGGCUUCAGACCCGGAGUACAGAGGUAGAGUUCAGUACAUCGGAGACAAAAAGAAUGACUGCACUCUCAAACUGUCUAUGGUUACAGAAAAAGACCAAAGGAAAUAUUACUUCAGAUUUAUAACUGAUCAACCUGAUGGAAAGUAUCAAGGUAAAGAUGGAGUUGAGCUUCACAUUACAGAUCUUCAGGUGGAGGGUCCAGAGAAAGUGAUUGAAGGAAGUGAAGUAACUCUCAGAUGUAAAACCACCUGCAAACUGACUGUUAAUCCAACAUUCACCUGGUACAGAAAUGAACAAUAUCUCAGAACCUUCACCUUACCCAGUACCUACUCCUACACUCAGCUUCGUCUGCAGUCAGUCAGGAUGGAGGAUGGAGGUCAUUAUCAGUGUGCUGUAGGAGAUCAUCGCUCCUCUGCUGUGACUCUUAAUGUAGAAUGUCUUCAGGUGGAGGUUCCAGAGAAAGUAAAAGAAGGAACUGAUGUAACUCUCAGAUGUAAAACAACCUGCAGACUGACUGAUAAUCCAACAUUCACCUGGUACAGAAAUCAACAACAACUACAAACUACCUACACCUACACAAACUACUAUCCCUACUACUACACCCAUCUUCGUCUGCAGUCAGUCAGGAUGGAGGAUGCAGGCCCUUAUCAGUGUUCUGUAGGAGAUCGUCGCUCCUCUGCUGUGACUCUUAAUGUAGGAUAUUCUCCAAAAAGAGUCUCAGUGUCCGUCAGUCCUUCAGGUGAAAUAAUGGAGAACAGUUUAGUAACUCUGACCUGCAGCAGUGAUGCUAAACCAGCCGCCUCGUAUCAGUGGUAUAAAGGAACAACAUACAAAGCAUCAGGAGAAACUUUUACAAUCCACAAGAUCAGAUCUGAUGAUGGAGGAGAACAUAAAUGUCAGGCCUGGAAUGAACACGGAGAUCAGAACUCCACUGCUGUAAAUAUUGAUGUUCACUAUCCUCCGAGGAGCGUCUCAGUGUCCGUCAGUCCUUCAGGUGAAAUAACGGAGGGCAGUUUGGUGACUCUGACCUGCAGCGCUGUUUCUAACCCCCCUGUGGAGAACUACACCUGGUAUAAAGAACAAACCUAUAAAGGAAGUGGAGAAACCCUCACUGUUAGGAACAUCAGCUCUGAGGAUGGUGGAGAGUACAAGUGCAGGACCAGCUAUAAGAACCAGUUUAAAUCCUCUGGUCCUGUAGCUGUAAAGGUUUUGUAUCCUCCUAAAAGAGUCUCGGUGUGGGUCAGUUCCUCUGCUGAACCUGAUCAGAGCGGUUUAGUGAAUCUGACCUGCAGUGCUGAUGCUGACCCCCCUGUGGAGAGCUACGUCUGGUAUAAAGAAGGUGGAAGCUCAGCUGUAGGAUCUGGACAGAGUUACGGCGCUCGGCCGGGUGAAUCCUACUACUGCCGGGCUCAGAAUAAACUCGGGGAGCAGACGGCGGCGGCGCGGUUCGUUACCUCGAUCGGGACUCCGGGUGCAGCUCUAUAUGCAGCAGGUGGAGUUAUAGCCGGAUGUUUGUUAGCCAUCAUCAUUAUAAUUGUACUCAUCAGAAGAAAGAAGAGAGCCGACCAAGCCAACGAUGCUGAUUUAAAUCAGGAGAACCUGUACAGCACCGUGACCGCGACCGGUGCUGAGAACGAUCGUGCUGAUCCAGAGGAAUCCAGUCAGGACGAAGUUCAGUACGUCACAAUCGUGCAUCGAUCACGGAACGACCCGGCGAAAGCUUCCGGCUCGGCGGGGACUGAAGAAGCUCAGUACGCUGCUAUCAAGCCUCGACGUGACGGACGGGCAGAAGAGAGUCAGCAGGAGGAGAAUCAGUACGACAACGUCAGAUUUACUCACAGGUCUCCCACUUCCACAGAGGAAGAUCUGUCAGUUAUCUACAGCAGUGUGAAAUAGAACGAGCGCCGAGUGAUCAGGACCGACGGCGGGGACGAGCUUGAAGCACAACGUGCACUUGAGUUACAACUUACUUCUUAUAAGACGAUUAUGUUCAUCUGCCCCGUAUAGAAUCUAAAAUGAUGUAAAAGGAUCAACAUGACCAAAACACAGUGUGAUAAUUGCUUACACUCUUCAUCUAACUGAGAGUAGCGUCCUGGUUAUUUCUGUGCAUGUUGGGUAAACGAUAUAUCUGUGCAUCUGUGUUAGAAAGACUCGAAUGAUACCAAGUAUUUUUGCUUUUAUACUUGUGGCAUUUUAUAUAAUUUUGACUAUAAUGAUUGUAUUUUAUAACAUAUUUACAUUUUAUAUUUACAGUAUGUGUUUGUAUAUUCUUUUAUAUUGUAAGCUUGAACCAUAUGAAUAAAAUAAUUAUUUACACGA